AAAGUCUCCCCAAAGAACCAUCAUAAUUAAGACAGUAAAAGCGAAACAGUGUUUUCGUUUCAUGCAUCUAAUGCGGCCAUGGAGAACACUAUAAAAUAGAUAUCGGAAGUAGUAUAAUCAUUCGUACUGGUAACACAUACAAAACCAUUAGUCAUGAGAUCAUUUACUUCUCCUGAUAAAGUUUACUCUCUGGCUUGCCUUAUUUUGUAUGUCCACCUGGUUUUAUCACCAGUCAUUGGUUUUGCUUCUGCUAGUUCAACUGAAGCAGAGGCUCUUAUCAAAUGGAAGGCUAGUUUUGAGUACCAAACUCAGAAUAACAAUCUUACCUCAUGGACUUACUUUCCCAGUAAUGCCACAAAUUCUUCCACCAAUUCAAACCCAUGCAGUGUUUGGACUGGGAUUUCAUGCAACAAUGCAGGAAGUGUCAACAAGAUGAACCUCACCGAUUAUGGUAUUCAAGUUACAGGGUGCCAUUCCUAACAACAAAGCAUUUAAAGAUGCUUCAUUGGAAGGGAACAAAGGAUUAUGUGGAAAUGUUUCAGCACUUCAACCAUGCAAGGAAAAGAAGCAUAUCUCAAAGAGGAAUCGAACACUCAUGUUUUUAACCAUUUUCCUUGUUGUGGGAGCACUUUCCCUCGCUUUCGCUGGAGUUGUCUUGAUUAGAAAAGGAAGGGGAAAACAAGGGCAGGAAACAGAUGAUAGCAGCGUGCAACAUGAAUACGUUUUUUCAACAUCUGAUUUUGAUGGAAGAAGAAUGCAUGAAGAAAUCAUCAAGGCAACCAAUGGUUUCGACGCCAUAUAUUGCAUCGGAAAGGGAGGAUCCGGAAGUGUCUACAAGGCAAAGCUACUAUCAGGCAGCAUAGUUGCAGUGAAGAAACUCCAUCCAAUACUUGAGGGUGAAGAGGCGUCUCGGAAGGAGUUCUUCAACGAAAUAAGGACACUAUUAGAGAUUCGGCACCGAAACAUUGUGAAACUUAUUGGUUUCUAUUCACAUGAUCAUCACUCAUUUUUGGUCUAUGAGUAUAUGGAAAAAGGUAGUUUGGCUUCAAUGCUGAACAAAGAACAUGAAGCCAUAAAACUGGAUUGGAGUACAAGGGUGAGAAUUGUAAGAGGUGUGGCUCAUGCCUUGUCUUAUAUGCAUCAUGAUUGCUCUCCACCUAUUGUGCAUCGAGACAUAUCAAGCAACAACAUUUUGCUGAACUACGAAUAUGAGGCUUGUGUUUCAGACUUCGGCACUGCUAAGCUUUUAAAUCCAGACUCAUCUAAUUGGACUGCUCGUGCAGGCACAUAUGGAUAUGUUGCACCAGAGCUCGCUUACACAAUCAAGGUAACUGAAAAAUGUGAUGUGUAUAGCUUCGGAGUGCUGGCGCUGGAAGUGAUAAUGGGAAAGCAGCCUGGUGAUUUAAUCUUCUCCUUUUCGUCUCCAUCUGCCAACGGAGAAGUAUUGCUGAACGAUGUGCUGGACCAACGACUCCCCGUUCCCACACCUCAUGUUCUGGAUGAAUUGGUAACUAUUGCAAGAAUAGCAAUUGCAUGCAAGCAUGCCCAUCCACAAUCAAGGCCAACAAUGCACAUGGUUUCUCAAGUGUUAUCAUCCCGAACUGCCCAUGGACCACAAGAAACUAUACUUCCAGUUCAUUAA